GUCCACAUGAUGACGCACGCCGGAGAGAAGCAGAGACUCAGCAUGAAGAAACCUUUCCCAUGCUCUGAGUGUGAGAGGGGCUGCAACUCUGCAGCAGAGCUCAAGAUGCACCAGAGGAUGCACACUGGGGAGAGACCUUACCAGUGUUCCACCUGCAAAAAGACCUUUGUUUUCCCAAGCUCUUUAACAAGACAUGAACAAUCCCAUAUUAGCGAAGCGAAUAGUACCGCCAAGCCGUACAGCUGCUCAGAAUGUGGGAAGGAAUUCACUCAGCCAUGGACCUUAAAGAUACACAUGCGCCAGCACACCGGAGAGAAACCGUACCACUGCUCUCAGUGCGAGAAGAGGUUCUCAUCKUCGUCACUCCUUAAAAGACACCAGAGGGUUCACACCGGAGAGAAACCAUUCCAGUGCUCCGACUGCGGGAAGAGUUUCUCCUCGUCAGCGAAUAGAACUAGUCACCGUCGUCGUAUCCAUGAAGGUAUACAGAGUAGGUCACAGCAGCAGGAGGCAACCUCUGUGGAUGGUACCAAUAAGGCUGGGCACAAACCAACAGAGUCCCUGCUUCUGACCAGAGCCAAAGUGAAGCCUCCACUCAAACUGCUGGAUGACUGUUAAUGUUAAGAGGAGGACCGAACACUUGGACUGAAGAUUAAAACUGAAGAACUGGAGGAUGAAGAAAAGGCGAGGAAGAGAGGAGGAG